GCGAGCUGCGGUGUCCCAGAUUUUCAGUCGCACGUACACGCGACAGUGCAUAGCACGCAGCCGGUUGUCGAUCGUUCGCGGAUCCUAGAUCGGUCCAUCCUCAGAACGGUUUCGCGGUUGAACGAGCGCGGAUCGAUCGACCGGUGAUCACAUCUACGGCUACGUUUCCGGAUACUUACGAGCACGGAGUAGUCGCUCCGUUGUAUUUGCAUUUGCAGCGAAAUAAUUUCCGAUCGUGCCUCUGUUCGCGAAGGACGGAUCGUCUGCUGGAAUAUCGAAAGUUCGGUGAACGUGCUUGUACAGUGAUGCUUUUGCAAUGAUGUUACAGUGCAAACAUGCGAAAAGUGUGCAGGAACGCGGUGACUGGGCGGAGUGCAACUUGCAAUAACUAAAGAGGGAUUCUAGAAGCAUAGAGGAUUGAACGGUCGCUAUGGAUGACGAGGAUUUCGGCUUUACGAGGAGGGCUGAGGGUGUGCUGAAGAACGUUAAUAACGAGCGCAACGACGCUAAAGACCCGGUGAAAAAUAACAAGGAUAGCUGCGCAGAAAAGAUGGGGGAAACGCUGGGUAGGUAUAGAUCAGUGAUGACAGCGCCGUUAUUCGGGGCGACCGAGGCCGGAAACGCCGUCCCUGAGCGGCCAGCGACCGCCUCUUCAUCCUCUCCGGCUUCCUCAGUCGUUUCCAACCCGCCGAACAUACCGAACGUAGUCGAGUAUCACCUGAAAGUGAAGCCAGGGCAAACACAGAGGAUCUGUCGACUAGAUAACAAUAAUAAAAGUCAGGAGAUAAAGGAGAUGAAGAAAGACAAAAGUCCCGUGUCUUCGAUUGACAAGAAGAAAGAGCUCGUGUCCAAACUAUCUCGUUUGUCCAUCGAUAAUAACGUCUUCGAAGGCUCUACGGAUCUUCCUCAGGUGUUUCAGGUGAAAUAUCUGGGCUCCCAUGAUGCCAGGGGCCUCUGGGGCAUUAAGCAUACGAGAAGGCCCGUCGAUAAUAUGGUGGCUGCCGCGAAGGCCUUACCGACCAACACCAUGCUCCCUCUGAUCAAACUGGUCGUCUCUCAAGAAGGCGUAGCCUUACUUCCUCUCGAAAAAAGGAAACAGGACCCCAAUUUCGCCAGGAUGUACGCUAUCGAGACGAUCUCGUACGGGGUCCAAGAUCUCGUCUACACUCGAGUCUUCUCCAUGAUCGUCGUACGCGAAACAGAGAACUUCAGGAGGGUUUCGCCUUUCGAGUGUCACGGUUUCGUUUGUGAGUCGAAACACCACGCAAGGCAGUUGACGUACGCUCUAGCCGCGGCUUUCGAGAUAUAUUCUAGAACUGUGAAGGCUCAGGAUAAAAUGGCAGAAAUGGCAGGCAAGAAUGCGAAGAAGAGGUUUGCCAUAGAUCUUAGAAGCCCUGAGGAAAUCGAGGCCGAUUUGGCCGUAGACUCCGAGGCCUAAAAGACACCUGCUCGUUUCACAUGAAAUUCUUCCUUUGCUUUUAUCCAUGUGGCAAGACUGCUGGUUCGAGGAAAAUUAAGCAGGAAAAGUAUUAUGUAAAAUCGUCGGAAUUACGAGGACGUCUACUUGCAGGACAACACAGGGUAUAACAUUGUCGAAAAUACGUAAUAUAUGUGUAUUAUAUUAUAUCGGUAGAUGUAAGCUCGUUUAAGAGGAAAGUUUAUGCGCGAUGGAAUGAAAAGUUAGCGAAUUUAUUGUUAUGGCUGUAAGCGUUCGUUUUAUCACUUCGUUGUAAGUGCACUUGCGUUUUUAACGAAUUCGUUUGUACGUAACAAGUAUUAUUGCAUUUUCCUUGUAUAGUCGUUACAUUGUAUUUCUUCAACGAUCAGAGACCAAUAGCUUUCAGACGAGAUUGGCGUUGAUUUUAAUUAUCUUUCUUUUCUCGACUAAAGUGUACUUAAAUUGCAAUUCUGAUAUACGCUUUGGGAUUCUUGUGACAAAUUGUUGCGAAGUUUUGUUUACGAGGAUGAAAGUUGAUGUACUUGUUGUCGUUAAUUAUUUUAUCGGCAUUUAUGAACGGAGGUAUAGGCACUGCCUAUCCACGAUAUAAUGGCUAGUUAUCCAAAGAUACCGAAUAGAAAAGAGGCCGAAGAUUACCGACUCAUUUCGGUGGCUUUUGCAGUUUCAUAAAUAUCACCAGAAUUAAAAAGAAAAGAAAAAAAAAAAAAAAAUAAGAUUGGAUUUAUUUCUAGCCGCUUUGCACGUGUGCGUGUGUGUUUUUAGUUUCGUGUUAUCCGUAUUCCUUUUAAUUGUACAGUAGUUUUCGUGUACUUUAAAGUUCUUCUUUACUGUUUAAUUUAUUCCCGACUCAACUUCGAGUCGUAAGACCAAUAUCGACACAUAUCAAUUGUAAAUAAACGACUACUAGAAGCGUCGUGAUAAUUACGUUUCGAUGUUUUCCUUAGAUUGUUAAGUUACUUUUCGCUUUUUGUUAAACAUAUCGGCCUGCUGCACCGUCGUAUCCUCUGUUUCGUUCUAGGCUUGGGACAUUUGUGUAAC